AUAUCGGAACGAUCGGAAGAGUGAAUAUUUUUAUUAAAGUGAUUGCUUAUGAUUAUUUUUUCGGGAUAAGAAUGCUAAAUUGCGACAUUCAGUUUGUGCAUUGAUGGAUUCAAAAUGUGGUUACGAUGAUGCACGACUUUGUUUCGCCAGAAAAAAAUCAGUUUGAUGCAGCAGAGGUGUAUUCAUUUGAUAGACUAGGCGAAGCAAGAUACUCCUGAAUAUCGAUUUUGUGCAAAGCUAAAGACUGAUCGAAAUGAAUUUGUUAUAAAUUGUGCUGUGGUGGAUCAGCAUUUGCAUAUUACUGGACAGCAUUUGUGAAACCUCAGUGAUUGAGUGAUAAACUCGCGUUUGGCAUCGUUAUUAAAAAUAAUAUGAUGGAGGCUUCAGAAAACGCUGGUAACACAUCGUAUGAACCCUUGGAAGGGCGAAGGGCUUUCGAUACUUCUGACAGUCCGGAGAUGGAGGGUGGUGGACCACCGAAGGAUAGGAGGAAGCUAGUAUUUUUUGCUUUGAUGACGGCCGGCGUGGGGUUUGUGCUACCGUAUAACAGUUUCAUUAUAGCAUCCGAUUAUUGGCAGUCUCGAUUUCCGGGCCAAUCUGUAGCGUUGGACAUGUCGAUGACGUACAUCAUCGUAGCAUUGGGCGCUGUACUACUGAACAAUGUGUUUCUAUCGCUGGCGCCGUUUCGAGUGCGUGUUGCAUUCGGAUAUGCGGUGUCCUUCACUACACUAGUUUUCGUCGCACUUUGUGAAGUAGCUUGGCACAUGUUCAGCGCUAAAACGGCAUACUCCGUCAAUUUGGCUGCUGUUUCGUUGGUGGCUAUGGGAUGCACAAUACAGCAAUCAAGUUUUUACGGAUUCGCAAGUAUGUUACCGAAGCAGUACACACAGGCUGUGAUGGCGGGAGAGAGCAUUGCUGGAUUUUUGGUUUCUUCCAAUCGCGUUGUAACAAAACUACUUAUUAAAAGCGAUCGAGCAUCAACAGCAAUAUUUUUCCUAACGUCGACAGUUUACAUAGCCUUCAGCUAUGUACUACAUUCCAUAACUACUCAUUCCCCAUUUGUACGGUAUCACAUGAAGGCUUGUGCCAAAAUUGUACUUCGACCUGACGACGACCAUACACUGAGUGAUACUAUAGACAAUGAGUUAUCAACUGCACGGUAUGGCGUGUUAUCCCUGGAGUCUAGUCCACCGGUUCAUAUAACACCUGGAACUACAACGCUCAGUUUUAGUAAUCCAGUGUACGAACUAUCCAAUCCAAGUGGUGGUGAAAAUGUGCUGGAGACAAACAUCAACAAUCUAACGUCUACUACAACUAGUGUAACAACUAAUAACAAUACAACCAACCGCCCGGUCACGUCACCCACAUCUGCAACGGCAUCACAUGAUGUUCCGAACGUUGCCUUCAAAGUCGAACACGUGAUGACUCCAGAUAUUUGCAGUGCCGGUCGUUGCGGCAGUUUUCGAAGUGGUCUCGAGUCGCGAUGGAAGGUAGCUCACGCCAUCUACCCGUAUAUGGCUUGCAUAGCACUUGCAUAUUGUGUUACUCUCUCCUUGUAUCCGGGAAUAGAGUCGGAAAUAAUUUCUUGCAAUUUGGGAACGUGGAUGCCAGUGCUACUCAUGUUUACGUUCAAUACAUCCGAUGUAGUGGGAAAACUACUGGCUGCAGUACCAUACAGCUGGUCUCGAAGACAGCUUAUUCUAAUGUCCGGCUUAAGAGCUUUGCUUGUACCACUCAUACUACUGUGUUGUUCACCGCGCGAUCAACCUGUCAUUGCUGGAGAAGCAUCAGCGUUCGUUUUUACUGCUGCUCUUGGCGUUACUAACGGAUUGGCUGGAAGCUUGCCUAUGAUGCUCGCGCCAGACAAGGUCUCAGCCACACUACGUGAAGUCACCGGUAACAUGAUGACACUUUCGUACAAUUUGGGACUGACAGCCGGUUCGCUGGUUGGAUACGUUUUCGAGUCUAUGUUGGGUCCACAACUACCUAACCCAUGCCCACAAUAUCCAUUUGUUCCUCCUAAGCCCAAUCAACCACCGUUCAGCAACCUAAGCAUUAGUAGUUCAACAAGCUCUACAACACUAGCGACAGCAAUUCUCACUACUUUGUCAUCAGCAAUAUUUCAAACUAGCACAACAACUCUCAAUCCAGAGAUUACUAGCAGCAUAUCAUCAGCCGUGACGUCCACGGUACCGCAAUCAACCACAGUAUUAAACCAGUUGCCAACAAGCGUAGAUACAGAAGCAAGUAGCUCAUUUGAUGCCAGCAAUUUAGUGACAAUAGCAACAACUGUAGUGUUUAAUGCAACCCAGUCCAUUCUAGAGGUAUCCACCAUACGCUAGACAACGCUACACUACAGCAAAUCGUUAGAAGACAAAGCUUUCAAAUAGCGUCGAAUGCUCUGUACUGAUAUGAAAAGACGAACAAAAUCCUAGAAGAGCUUUAAUCAACUGACUGUAAAAUAAUUAUAGUUUUCCGUUGAGGGUUUUCAAAGAUAAAACGCGAGAAAGUUUAACAAAGUCGCAAUAUCGUCGUUCCAAUGAUAAGUCACUUUUUCUGCUCUUAAUGGACAAGGCAUAACUAGGCAGGUUCAUUGAUAUUAUUUCUUGUAACAUAGUAGUACAUACAUCUAAGUAGUUGGUAAAUUGAAUGUAUGUGCGACCGGAUGUGACGAAAAAUGUAGUGGCAUUAGCAUAAGUGUUGAAUACUGGAAGGUCAUCGUGAACUGAGAAUCUGGAAGCAUCUUAGCUAGAUCUUGAAAAAAUUGAGUCAUGAAAUGGAUUAGAACAUAUUUAUAUGACAGCAACAAAACAAAAACACACACUCACACAUACACAAACAAAACAAAAACUCCCAUCGGGGCUCAAUAUCACGGUAAGGUGACGCUCUAGUGGCUAGAAAA